AUGACGUUAGCGACUUUCACUGACCCGUCCAAUGGAUACCUCGUCGACGACACCUGUGUUUUUGGAGCGGAGAUUCUCGUCAUCAAGAAUUCGGGCUUGGGCGAAUGUUUGACACCAAUAGAGGGUACAUCAUAUACACAGGAAUGGAAGAUAUCAAAAUUCUCGACUUUGGCGGAGGUGCGCCUCCUUCCCAUGGGUGAAUCGGCAGAGAGGAACAAAAGCCUCUCGAUACAUCUUGCUCUGGCCAACUCAGGGAUACUCGAUCUUCGGCAGAAAGUCAACGCAAGCUUCACCAUUCGGUUGAGACUCAAAGAUGGCACUGUUUAUGCGGAGCAGACGGCUAAAAAUUCGCUUUGGUUCAGUCAUUUGAGCCCUUCGUGGGGUUGGCCUCGCUAUGCGUCGCUGGAAAGGGUUCAAGAUUACCUUGUGGACAAUGAAUGUGUCGUUGAGGCUGAAGUCACCAUUCUUGGCACAGAUAGACAACUGCCCCGGUUAUUGGGUUCGAGCUCAUGA